AUGAAGCUGUCUCCACGGGAACUUGAGAGCCUGUUGGUGCACCAGGCGGGAGCCCUGGCCCAGAGGAGACUAGCCCGCGGGGUGAGGCUGAACCACCCAGAGGCUGUGGCACUGAUUGCCUCACAGCUACAGGAAUUGGUACGCGAUGGGACAAAUUCCGUUUCAGACCUUAUGGACAAAGGCAGAUCGUUCUUGGGUUACCGUCAAGUCAUGCCCGGGGUAGAGGAUAUGAUACCUGAAGUUCAGAUCGAGGCUACAUUCCCUGACGGCACGAAAUUGGUAACAGUUCAUCGACCAAUCAACCUUCAGCAUGGAGACCUUGAAUUGGCCUUGUACGGUAGUUUCCUACCAGUACCAAGUCACGAAAUUUUUGAUGAAGCCGCCGAGGUAAAUAUGUAUUCAUGGUGGUUAUUGCAUCCCAUCUACUGACAGGACAUGAACAUCGUGUUACAGACUCAGAAACAGGAGGCAGCCAACAGCGGGAGUGCGGACGCCACCCUGGAUAUUAUUCCCGGGGAAGUAAUCCCCAAGAAAGGCCUUCCAAUCCAGCUCAACAAGGGCCGGACGGCCAAAUCCCUACCAGUAACCAGUCUUUGUGACCGACCAAUACAGGUGGGCAGCCAUUUCCAUUUCCUGGAAACCAAUCGAUUCCUGAGGUUCGAUAGGGCAGCGUCCUAUGGAAUGAGACUGAAUGUGCCGGCUGGUACCGCUGUGAGGUUCGAGCCAGGGGAGACGAAAGUUGUGAGCUUGGUGGAAAUAUCAGGGAACAAAAUUGUACGAGGUGGCAAUGGCCUGUGUGAUGGAAAAGUCGAUCUCAAGAAAGUCAAACAAAUUGUGGACAAAGCCGUCAAGAUGGGCUUCCGUCAUGUUCCUGAGGUGCGGCUGGGUGAUACAUCAUUGAUCAUAGAAGUGGAGAAAGACUGCACUGUGUACGGAGAUGAAUGUAAAUUCGGCGGUGGAAAGGGGUUGGUGGUGGGAGCCUGCACUGAGGCUAUUGCCGGAGAGGGUCAGUUGUUGACGGCCGGGGCCCUGGACUGUCACGUCCACUUCAUCUGCCCUCAGCUCUGCAGGGAGGCCAUUGCUUCCGGGAUAACAACUAUGUAUGGUGGGGGCACUGGACCCGCUACGGGAACCAAUGCGACCACGUGCUCGCCCGGACCCAAUCAUAUUCGUCACAUGCUGCAAAGUACCGACGCCUUUCCGCUUAACUUUGGAUUUACCGGAAAAGGAAACUCUUCUAAAUCGGACAGUUUGGCCGUCGACCUUGAGGACCAGAUCGUUGCCGGGGCAGCUGGGUUGAAGCUUCACGAAGACUGGGGGACGACACCUUCUGCCAUUGAUGCUUGCCUCCGAGUGGCCGAAAAAUAUGACAUACAGACUCUCAUUCACACCGACACCUUGAAUGAAAGCGCAUGCGUCGAACAUUCCAUUGAUGCUUUUAAGGGGCGGACAAUCCAUACUUACCACUCAGAGGGCGCUGGUGGUGGUCACGCGCCUGACAUCAUGAAAGUGUGUGGAGAGGCUAACGUCUUACCGUCGUCUACAAAUCCCACCCGACCAUACACGAAAAACACUAUCGAUGAGCAUCUGGACAUGUUGAUGGUGUGUCAUCAUCUGGACAAAAACCUCCCGGAGGACGUCGCUUUUGCCGAGUCCCGUAUCCGAGCGGAGACGAUUGCUGCCGAGGACAUUCUCCACGAUAUAGGGGCUAUCAGCAUGAUGGCUUCGGAUUCACAGGCAAUGGGCAGAAUUGGUGAGGUUGUAACGCGGACCUGGCAGACAGCAGACAAGAUGAAACGGUUCAGAGGAGCUCUUCCGGAGGAGGAGGGUAACAACGACAACCUUCGAGUAAGACGGUACAUUGCGAAAUACACGAUUAACCCAGCUAUUACUCACGGUAUGGCUCAUGUGAUCGGAUCUGUGGAGAUAGGGAAGCUUGCCGAUUUGGUACUCUGGAAGCCUGCCUUCUUCGGCGCCAAGCCUGAGAUGAUCAUCAAAGGAGGACAAAUAGCCUGGGCACAGAUGGGUAUGCCAAACGCUUCCAUCCCAACACCAGAACCGGUUAAGCAGCGGAAAAUGUUUGGUGCUUAUGGAAAAGCAAUUGGAAAUCACUCAGUGGCUUUUGUGUCUGAGAUUUCCAUAAAGAAGGGCGUCGCUAGCCAGUAUGGCUUAAGCAAAAAGUUGGAACCAGUUAAGGGUUGUCGCGGACUGAACAAGAAAAGCAUGAUUUUAAAUGACUGUUUACCGCAAAUCAAAAUUGAUCCAGGCUCCUACAAGGUAACCAUUAAAAAAACCGAAGACGACGACGAAGAGCAACUAACGUGCCCUCCGGCUAACCGACUCGCGCUUGCGCAGAGAUACUUCAUGUUUUAACGUUUUUCCUGACCUCUGUAUGAGGCGCAUGCUCGUAUUUACACAAUUACUAAUUGACAGCGACCAUGAUCAGUAACAUGAAUUGUCACAGAUGUACAAUUGAGAUUCAUAGAUAGGGCAACGGUUAUUUCUCAGGAAUACUUCUUUUAGGUGAAAUAGAAUGAUAUUAGAGACCCUCAUAUUAUAUUAUACAAUAUCGCUGUAAAGAUUAUCAAGCACAUCAUUAUUAUCAAACAAUACGCAUUACGUUGGCAUGGACAUGCGAUAUCUGGGGCCUCUGUGGUCGAGGUGGUUAGCCCAGUCACCCAGGAGCGGCGCAAGGACACAGGAGCCUCUUACCAAUGCGGUCGUUGUGAGUUCAAGUUCAGCUCAUGCGAGUUUCCUCUCGCGUCGUAUGGCCACAGACCCCCAUUAAUUUUCCAUAUGCGACAAUGUUAACGUUUAGCGCUUUAGCUCAGUCCCAAGCAUUCCGUGGCCAAUAAGCUUUGGUGCAUACCUGCCCCAGCCUGUGAGAAAGAAGCCAUAGAAAUCUUGACAUAGGUUGACUGUCAAAAUCUGUACCUUUCUAUGCCGGCAGCUGGGAGGGGUGCCUAGCAACGCCAAGGGGACGUCACUCGCAGUCUCAUUACCACUUAUCUCCUUGUGUCCCCUCACCCAGAAUUUCAAACUUUAAUCAUUAUAACUCAUAGCUACCCAAAGCUUAGACAUUUUCCAUCAUUUUGGUAGCAAGCAUGCACCUGAAUUCCAAAAACGACAGUCUGGCAGCAAAAAAAGACUUUAUACCCUAAAAUACACAGAAUUACAUUUGUAAUUCCGAAAAACGGAAGUUGUAAUGGGGGUUUGUGUCCGUAUGAGGGAAAGUCGUGGGCUAUGUACUAUUUCCACCCAAGUCUGGUCGCCGACAUAUAUGUGAAAUGUUCUUGAGUAUGGCGUUUAAGUAACAGUUGAAUCAAAGACUUCCUAUCACGCUAUGAUAUAAUCUGCUCGUGAUUUUGCGGGGUCAUGUUUUAUUGUUUUAUGUAGCAUAGUCAUAGGUGUCGGACGGACAAAAUUCAAAUUUUUUCACACUUACCUUAUACAGAUGUCUUAUUGCU